AUGUCCGCCAACACCAACACCAACACCACCCUCCCUUCAACUUACCGUGCCCUCCAAUUCCAUUCCCCCAGCGAGCCCGCCACCAUCGUCACAAAGCCCACGCCCACCCUCCCCCCACCCCUCGGCACCGCCAUCAUCAAGCCCCUCCAAGCAAGCGUCGUCUCCUACACCAACGAGAUCUUCCAGAACGGCAACCCCCGCGGCUACAAGUACCCCUUACCCCUCGUCCCAGGCGUGUCCUGCAUCGGCCGCCUUGUGGGCACGCCCGCGGACGCCCCUGCCCUACAACCAGGCCAGCUCGUCCUCGUGGACGCCGUGAUCCGCGCCCGCGACCAGGAGGCCGGCGGCGCCGAGUUCCUCCUGGGCUACCACGGCGGGCGCGGGCUGAGCUACCGCAUCAUGGAGGAGGCGUGGCGCGACGGCACGUGGGCCGAGGUGCUGCGCGUGCCUGUGGAGAAUGUGCAUGUCCUGGACGAGGCGAGGCUGCUGGGGGCCACGAGGCUGGGGUACAAGCUCGAGGACCUGGGGGCCAUGGCGUCGCUGGCUGUGCCGUAUGGGGGCCUGGCGACCGUGAAGCUGCGCCCUGGCGAGACGGUGAUCGUGGCGCCCGCGACGGGUGGGUUUGGAGGGGCUGCUGUGCACGUUGCUCUCGCCCUGGGCGCCAGGGUGAUUGCCAUGGGCCGCAACGAGGCUGCGCUUGCUGGCCUCGAGGCUCUGGGCCAGGGGAGCGCUGCUGCCGCCGGGCUGGGGAGUAAGGCCGUCGAUGUGUUCUUCGAGAUCAGCCCGCCGAGAGUGGUGGAUGGGCCCAACCAGACGGUGCCCUAUCUUACAGCGGCCAUCAAGAGCCUGCGCAAGAAGGGAAGAGCUGUGUUCAUGGGCGGGAUUCUGCACGAUGUGAGCCUGCCUGUCUGGGAUAUUGCGCACGGGCUCAAGACUCUGCAGGGCUGGUGGAUGUAUACGCCUACACAGUUGGAGGAGCUCAUCCACCUGCUUGAGUCUGGAACUCUCCGAGUCGGUGCGGAGAGAGGUUUCAAGUGUUCUGGUGUGUUCCCGCUUGAGAAGUGGGAGGAGGCGUUUGAGGUGGCUGCGAGGGAAUCCGCCCCUGGGAGCUACACGGUCUUGGCGCCGAAUCGUGAGUAG